GUCCCUGCAUGCCUGCUCGAAAAACUAGGCCUCACCAGCGCUUCUCAGCACAGCACGCACCGUUCACUGUAGCGAGUAGACCAGAUUCAUCAUGAAGUCAGCUUGGACCGUCGCGGCCGUCUCGGGCCUUGUCGCUGCAGCAUCCGCUCACCCAACAGCGCGUAGCACCCAGUCCUGGAGCAAGCUGCGUGAGAAUAUCAAACACGUCAUCUACAUCACCCUGGAAAACCAUUCCUUCGACAACAUCGCCGGCUAUUGGGACUUCCACCCGGACAUUGACAACCUGCGCAAGAUUGACUACUGCAACGAAUACACCAAUGCCAAUUGGACUGUGUGGGGAGAACCACUGGAGAUCUGCGCUGCCCCAUUCGAGACGGAAGUCCCGCUAGUCGAUCCCGAUCACAACUUUGCCGGAGUCACUUAUGAGAUCUUCCGCAAGUGGAACGUCACUAAGGAUGAUGUCCCCAACAUGGGUGGUUUCGUCGAGCGCCAGUCUGAAAAGUAUGAGUCAACUCCCGGAGAUGCAGCCUUUGUGAUCAAGGCAUAUGAUCAGAAGAAGACCGCCCUGCUAGCAGAGCUGGCGAAAAACUUUGCCUUCUUCGACGCCUACUUCGCCGAGCACCCCGGCCCGACCAACCCCAACCGCCAAUUUGCAACCUCCGGAUCGAGCUGUGGCUUUGUUGAUAACACUGACCAGGCUGCUGGGUAUUGGAACAACGUCACGGGUACUACAUGCGCCACAUCGAUCUUCGAAUCGCUGAGCAACAAGAAUAUCAGCUGGAAGAAUUACUAUGAGACCGACAUCAUCGAUGCAUACAUGUACAAGUGGGUUCAAGACAACGCGAUGGAUCAUUUAGCCCAUGCGGACGAGUUCUAUCGCGACUUGGAACAGGGUACCCUGCCCACGUUCUCGUAUAUCAACCCCGAGUGCUGCACCAUCGACUCCAUGCACCCAACCAGCCCCAUGGCAUCUGGUGAACAGAUGAUCAAGCACUUGUACGAUGCUCUUCGUGGUUCCAAGUACUGGGAUAAUGCUCUUCUGAUCAUCAACUUCGACGAGCAUGGUGGUUUUGCCGACCACGUUCCUACCCCGUUGAACGUGCCGCAGCCUGAAGAUAACAUCACAUUCAGCGGCACGUCCGAAGGUCGCCAAGUCAGCUAUGACUUUACUCGCCUGGGUGUCCGUGUUCCUGCCUUCCUCAUUUCCCCCUUCAUCCCCGCAAACACCCUUAUCCACGACAAAGGUACCUCGUACGCCGACAACUCCGCCUACACCCACACCUCAAUCUUGCAUUUCCUCCAGGAACUGUGGGGACUGGAGGGCCUCAACAACCGGGUCCAAUGGGCCAAGACCUUUGAGUAUGUCUUUUCAGGCACCAGUCGGGAUGAUACGCCAAAGACCUUGUCGACCCCGACUUGGGAGGGUGGUAGUGGACAGCCUGAGCCUAGUGCAUUCUAUCUACUGAAUCAGGACUAUAGCUAUUAUGCUGAUCUGUAG